AUGGAGGAGAACACGAUUCAGCGCAACGUGAAGCGAAUCGGGGCGAUUACUGUGAAGUGCCCCAAGCUAGUGACCGAUUACCAGCGCUGGAUUGGCGGAGUUGAUAUUCAUGAUUAA